CACCCUAACGCCAGUUACGUGAGUACAUAGCAAAAGUAAGAGUGAGUUGCGGGCCAAAAAAAAAAUAUUAAAAAACCGGAGUCAACACAACACCAACAUUCGAGAGACAACGAAACAAAAAAAAAUGUGGACAUAUCUACACUUCUAGACAUUACCUAUAUCUUCGGUCUUCAUGCUCUGAGGGUCAGGGCUUUUAGAAAGUGUUUGUUCUGGGUUUUUCUUUUUUUUUUCUUGGUUUUUGUUACUUUCUUUUUCUCAUCUGCCAACGCUGGAAGGGGAUAUCGUGUAUACUGGCUGUUACAUCUUCUGCUAAUGACUGGAUAAUGUUCGCAUCGACUUAAAGGCUUAUUAUUCAGCUAUAUUGGUCUGUGACAGUCUACACGUACAGGGUUUGAAUCUCUGUAUAAAAACAAGGCCUAACAACAAAGCAUAGAAGGCGGUACAAGAACAACAACUGGUGUUGACAACUUGAACGCAAGCAAAAGCCAGCCAAUCUUUAAAAUAACACGGCACUAACCAAACAGUUUUUAAUUACGCUUAGAUAAUCCAGAAAAUGACGUCAUUGAAAGAAACGAAAGAAUACUCUCCAACCCGGCGCAUUUAUAUUUGCCUUUGUUUGCUUUGAUUGGCAGUGUCAGUAGAUUUCAUUUCGCCUUUUUUUACACAGUAACAGAUACUUAAGGUUAUCAGUUCGACCACACAUUCAGUUUUGGUAUAAGUACUCAUUUAAACGUAGCAGAAAAUCGAACAGACGAACACAGGAGCAGUUCUACCAAACAUUCAGUUGUAAGAGAAGAUUAAUUCUAGCAGGCGAUCACUUUUAGCAGACGUUCUAUUCUAGCAGGCGAUCUGAUGUAGCAGACGUUCAUUCUUUAGUAGAAAGCAGUUGCUGCUUUUUUUUUUCUGUUUUUUUCCCUCUAUUGAUUUCAUCUAAAGAACCGCGACUCUGCGCAGUCUGUGAUGACAGUUAAGCGAGGGCCUUAUAUAACUGGUCAUUAGAUGGCCGCUGGUCACAUGAUCUGUUAGCAUUUUUUUUUACUGCUAAUAAAAGAUCGGAAAUCUAUUUAUAAGAAGUUUACGUAACUAAAAAGAAUCUAAAAAUAGAAAAUAUUGUUUUGGAAAGAGAUUUUAAAAAAUAACUGCCUCAGUCAUCUAGCUGUAACGCUCAUUAGUUGUUACACAGAAACACUACUGGCUGGAUACAUUGUAACAGUUCCAUCGUGAUCUCUGUUGUUACAUUUAGAAUCACAUGACUACGUGUAAAUUUAGAUCAACUGAUCUGUGCUCAUCAUGUUUUGGUCACUUAACUCUUUCUCUCCGUAAUUAUUUACCACAUUCUGGUGGAUUAUAAACGCUGGUAUCGUCAGUUAGGAGAGAAAGAGUUAAUAUCCUGGAUAAGGGAUAGUAAAUAAGGAUAUUUAUCCCUAUUCUUUCAUGCUGGAUUAUAUUUCUGAGAAUAGUAUGACGUGAAAUGUCGUGAUUUUCGAAUUAUUUUAUUCUUGGGAUUUUAAUUUCUUGUAUCUGUGCUGUGUUAUUGAGUGUAUUUCUUGGGGCUGACUUUGGAUAAUUUCAUCCUGGGAUUAGUUUUGAGGACCGUUCAUGUGGAUGCUGGAGGUCCAGAUGCCGCCCCGAGGAUGGAUGUGUACAGGAGACUGACUGGCUGUGUACUUUACUUGUGGAUACUUGUCCUGUGCGGUGGUGCUCUGGGUGAGCAGUACAGGUGGCAUGUGGGAGGCUGGAGCGAGUGUCAGCAUGAACGAUGUGGAGCAGGUGGCAGUCAGUAUCGUGACGUAUGGUGCAUACAGUCGGAUGGCAGGCCUGUCGCCAGUGACAGAUGCGAAGAAGCAGACUUCAAGCCGAUUGUCAGAAAGUCCUGCAUCAAGCCUUGCUCCGAGAACGUGGUCCUGAAGGGCGUAGGAGAGAGCAACAGGGAGCGCCCACUGCCAGGUCAGGAGCACGGCGGGCCCAAAUCUGAAGAAUGGGAACCCACGGAGCCCCGGGACAACCGAUUUGAUCUGAGCAAUGACUUCGAGCGAGAGGAGUCACAGAACGUACCGCGUCUCCCGUUGUCAGUGGCAACCAGCGAUGUUGAAUGGGUUGUCUCCCAGUGGAGCUCUUGCAGAUUGGAAUCAGAUAACAAGGCUUGUGGCAGAAACAGCGGGAUACGAACCCGGAAUGUUACGUGUGAACGACGAGACAGCCCCGUGGUUGUAUCCAAUUCCAGGUGCUUGCUGGUCGAGCCCAUGCCUCAGAUCAGAGAAACUUGCGAGCUGCUCUGCCGACAGGACUGCGUGGUCAGCGACUACUUCAACUGGACCGAAUGCAGCUCCACCUGCAUGCUGGCCAACAAAACACGGACACGUGUGGUCAUCGUCCCCCCUAGGCAUCGAGGGAGCCACUGCCCGGAGCUGUCGGACAUGGUGCCCUGCGUCAACUGUACCGCGUCUUUCAUUUAUCAGUACAUGGCUUGGCUCCCUUGUACCUCCAUGGACAACAAUUAUGCGAACGGCUUGAGUACUCACCCUUUGAUUGGGUACCAGACCAGGGAAGUGGCCUGUCUGCAAAGUAAAGGCGUUUUAGCGAGUGACAGGUACUGCCAAGAAAGAUUUCCACACACCAUUCCAAGAAAAGCGAGAGCGUGUGUCAUGGCCCAGGACUGUAUCCUCAGCUCGUGGUCACCCAUGACGCCUCACAACUCCUCCUGCAUUGGUUAUGACGGAGUUGUCCAGCAUGGGUUCAUGGUCAGGACUAGACAGGUCUUGCAGCUUCCUUUAGGCAGUGGUGACCCGUGUCCCUCCGAGCUAGUGGACUACAUUCGGCUGAACAAAGAGGACCUGAAAUCACUCCGCUCAUGUAAACAAACCAAGUGGAUAACAUCCAACUGGACACCGUGUGAAUCUGUGCCUGGAUACAAUCACUGUGGGACUGGUAUCCAGACAAGGAACGCUAUUUGUGUGGAGCCUGGAGAUGAUGGUGUGGAGCGCCCAGUUGAAGAGGACCACUGCAUGUUCCAGUACAAGCCGUCAGUGGCGGCCUCCUGCACCAUAGAGUGUAACUACGACUGCAGUGUCUCGCAGUGGAGCGCCUGGAGUACGUGUCAGGACAUCGAGUGCGAGAUCAGUUCCAUCAGGCAGCGGCGUGCCGAAGAAAUUAUCGGUAAACGAUUUAGAACCAGAGUGAUCCUCACAUUACCAGGCUCAGGAGGCAAACCAUGCCCCCACGUCAGCGAGACCAGGAUGUGUGAACCUCAGCCUUGUUUCACCUGGAACAUCACGCUUGGACUCUGCGAGGCCACCGUCAGGGGCGGCUGUGGCGAAGGAACUCAACUGAGAAAGGCUGUCUGUCUUAAUAGACUUGGGGCGAAAGUUCGAGAAAGGUUUUGCCAUGAGAAUCUCCAGGCUGAGCAGAACUGGGCCAACUGUUACGUUCCUUGUCCAGAAGAUUGCAUCGUCUCAGAAUGGGGCAGCUGGUCAUCUUGUCCCAAUCCUUGUGACAUCCAACUGGGUGGCCGAGUGGUCAGGACACGAACCAGACAAAUAUUAUCAACACAACUCCAAGGUCGUUCCUGUCCAUAUCAGAGCAAUCUCCGCCAGACGGAGCCGUGCCCUGUACUCCAAGACUGCGAGACCUACCAGUGGGAAGUGUCCAGCUGGGGGACCUGCGUACUCGAACAGGAGCGCUCCAAGUGCGGGAGAGGGACACAGACACGCAAUGUGGAUUGUUUUACGGCCAGGAAGGUCCGCGCCCCAUCGUACAAGUGCUUAGAGAAGAUACAACCUGUCAUGACGCAAACCUGUGUUGUGCCAUGUCCGUCAGAUUGCGAGCUGACAGAGUGGUCAGACUGGUCAGCGUGUGGGGUCACCUGUUUGCCUUUGCAGGCUCGACAGAUCUAUCCCACUCAAAUCCGGAAACGAUACAUUCUGCAGCAACCCCUUAACAGCGGAGUAGCAUGCCCCAGUGACCUUGUGGAGGAGCAGUCCUGCCUGGAGCUUCCCGUCUGCCAAAGUUACUACUGGGAAAUGUCUGACUGGAGCGACUGCAUUUUGGCUCCGGAAUUUCCGCGAUGUGGUCAUGGCUUAAGGGCAAGGCAUGUGAAGUGCAAACACGCCAACAAUCAGGUCAUCAACGAUGCGGCCAUCAGUGUGUGCCUUGAGAACCUCGGAUUCCUGCCAGACCUUACGGAGAAGUGCCACGUUCCUUGUGAGUCCGAAUGCCAGUUUGAGAACUGGUCCCCGUGGACGCCAUGCUACCCUUGGUGUGAGAGGAUGAGAUACCGACCUAUAGUUGGUGACAGUAAAAGACUGAAAGAAUGUCAAGAUUCCGCUAUGGAGAAAGAGUCAUGUGUCUGUUCGGACCAUGAAGCCAUCAGUAUGGGAGCCUGGUCAGACUGUAUCAUCGAUCCACCCACCUUGCGUCCCUCCUACAUAGAUGAUAUAUACGGAAGAUCGAACUCCUCGGAUUUAACUGCCCUUGGAUCAUUGAACUCGUGUGGCACUGGGAAACAGUACAUGACACAGUAUUGCCAGAAUCCAAAUCUUUCCGACCACACCAGGUGCAGUGAGCCCCAGGAGAAGGCCUGUACUAUCCCAUGUCCAGUGGACUGUGAGACCACACAGUGGACAUCGUGGAGUGCCUGCAGCGUGUAUUGUGGGUCCGGCAUCCAGCACAGGGAAAGGCGUAUCAUGGCACUGCCUUCGAAUGGUGGACGCAAGUGUCCAUUUAUGUUUGGAAACGACAAGGAAUCUCAGACAAGAGUGUGUACCAUAGACUGUAGCUACAAGGUCUGGAAGGCUGAUGACUGGGGCCCAUGUUUCCCUAACGGCACCAAGACCUGUGGUGAAGGAACUCACGCAAGGCAGCUCAGGUGUGUCUCCGUCUCGACUGACGGCACUGAAACUACGGUAGACAACCAUUACUGUGGAAACGACGAGGAGCCCGUGACAAUAAAGCCGUGUUCGCUCCCUUGUGCUGGAGAUUGUGUCAUGUCGGAAUGGUCGGAUUGGACUCCAUGCCGACAACCCUGCAAUGGACAGCAGACUCAGAAACGUGACCGAAGUGUUUUGAGGUGGCCGAGGGAUGACGCCAUGAUGCGCUACUGCACCGCCCAGCAGGACGAGAGGACCUGUGAGAGACAAGUGAACUGUAUCGAGUACUCCUGGGAACUGUCGGACUGGACCAGCUGCCUGGUAAACGAGGGCAGGGCCGACUGCGGUGUGGGCCACAAGGAAAGGUUCGCCAUGUGUAGGAAUGAGGCGGGGGCAAAGGUGGAAAGCUACAAAUGUCAACAGCUGUUUGGUCCAGUCACAGAGCCAUUGAGUGUAUCGUGUGAGAUUCCCUGUGAUUAUGAUUGCCUUUUGUCAGCCUGGUCAGACUGGACACCUUGCAGCGUCACGUGUGGACUAGGUGUCACCUUAAGAAAGCGCACCGUGCUACAAAAUCCUAUGGGCAACGGCAGAAAGUGCCCGGAAAAAAACGAGCAAAGUAAAUCGUGUUAUAGUAGAGGGUGCUACCGGUGGCAUGUCAGCGAGUGGAGUGAGUGUAACAUAGAGAUGAACUUCUGUGGAAUGGGUGUCCAAGAAAGAAAUGUCUCGUGCCUCAGUGACUACAAUCGAAGGGUCAACACAUCCAUGUGCUCAAAAGAUUUAGAAAAAUUAGUGACACAGACUAUCCGUCCAUGCCAUGUGCCUUGUCCAGGGGAGUGCUUCCUGUCCGAGUGGUCAUCCUGGUCACAUUGUUUUAUCAGCUGUGAGGACUUUGAACAAAGAUUCAGGCAGGGUGUUCAGGCGAGGUCCAGGGCUAUAUUAGCCCACCCGAUGCCUUCUAACCCCCCGUGCAAUACGACUAUGUGGGAGGACCGGCCCUGUGAGGCCUCACAGUGUACCCUCUUCAAGUGGUCAGCUGGAGAAUGGGAUGUGCAGACUGGACGUAGGAGGGUCGUGUGUGAGCGAACGUAUGACGGACUACAGGUAGAGGGAGGCUGUGACGAGAGAUUGCGUCCUUCAGAGGCUCUGUUGUGUGACAACCCCAAGUGUGUGAGUCCGGCCUACUGCAGCGACUUCAACGAGUGCGACUGCCCCGGGUCUGGUCAGUACACUCUGUACAACCUCAACAGCACCGCCAGAUCCUGCAGAAUGAACAUCACGGGUACUGGGGAUGCGUCCACAGGCACCAAGGCGGAAAUGGCCAAGAGUCCCAAUAUUUGGAUGUACGCGGUCAUUGUGGUUGGCACCGUCUUCGUCAUAGCCGUUACUGCCGCUCUGUACAACAUGUGCGAGCUGUUCCGCACCGGCCCCAGGCCUAGACCCAAGGGAGAGAAUUCAAGAGAAGGGUCGACAACUGGCACCAUCCAUAGCGUCAGGUCAUUGCAAGGAAACAGCAGAGGGAUGACAAGGUCUGAGAAUCUUUACAAACAAAUAAACCACGUGGACUCCGAAGAGGCCGCCAUUUUGUCGGACAGAGAACUUCCGUCUCCCCCUUCCCAGAAUUCCCACCACGGUCUGGCUCCGCUUACAUCGCCUGACCCCGAGGACAUUCCAGACGUAGUGUCGCCCGGCCCAAUCAUUUGCACUUCAGCUCCAGUGGCCGGCGCCGCCUCCAACAACGUCACGUCGACGUCCCUGCUUGGCCAAUCGGCUUUCACCAGAACAAAAGUAAGUGCACCCAUGCAUGACCGAACUAACCCUGUCAAAUUUAACCGGCGCUAUCACCGCCUGCACCGACUUUUGCCCCAGUGCUUUGCAUGCGACGACGGUUCUAACUCUAACACUGUCUGUGUGAUGAAUGGUGGCGGGGACGGCUCAGACGCGACAGAACAGACCGUCGCCUUGACCUACGCCAAUCUCAAAGACAACGUGGAAUCCUAUGACAAUUCCAACUACUCCACUAACUCCAGCUUUCAGUCCCAUAACUGCAUGCUGUCCAGGACGCACCCACGCAGCCUUGAGAUGGCGAAGCGUUCCAAGGUGUACACGGAAUUCAGCCGGGCCACAGACGCUGGUGACGAGGUACUGCUUCAGGAUGUGUCCCCUCCUCGAGGUCACGUCUGCAUCCCUCACGCAGGGACCAGGGAGGACCUAAGGCUUGUGACGCACACGUCCUGCUGCUCCAGCUCCGAAUCUCUUGCUAUGUCGUCGGAUUUGAUCUCGGGCAAGCAAGAGGAGAGUUCUCAGUGCAGCCUGCAGCUCGGAGACACUGCAGAGACUAUUGUCAGCCAGGACGCUGCUGAAGCUCAACCCGCCUGCUGCCAAGUGAAAAAACCUGCGCUAGAAACAAUCAGGCCAUAUCAUCAGAUGGUCCACCAGCCUAGAUCCUCAAAUUUGAACUCUAAAUCUAAACUUCUUGCCCUAUCUUCCAAGCGAAACGCCACCUUUAACGACCUUCAUACCCACAGUUCUUUGCAAGAGCCUAGCGUCGUUCAUUACCGCAAGAGUCCAGCAGGAAUUAGAAAUGAAAGAACUCCGUCCGGAGGCUCCAGUGUGGACGAGCUUUGCUAUUACGUACUGGAGAGGCCUGUCCAUCAAAUCCCUUCACUGGAUGACCUUAUGUGUAGCCAAAGAACAGCAAGGUCACCUAGACCUUAUUACCGCGGGGCAGAUCACGUUUUAUCCACUUCCGUUUCUGCGCUAAUGCCUUCGGAAUCACAGCAGAUGAGACACAAACAAAACAUUAUUUCCGGGUCAACGAACCUGCCUAGAUUGUCCCGCCCACAUAAGGACGCAGUCCACCCCAUAUCAACAUCUCCUUCCUUUGCGUCCUUGCCAGACAGUGCCGUGCACAGCGCACAGAGGUCCCGAAAGAACCUGCCUCUCCUGGAGAAAGCAUCCCAGGACUCGGGGCACGCCAGCAUCCCGAGGUCAAGGACCGUCAGCCCAGGGGAGUUCAGCCUGGAGAACAACGACGUCUUAAUCCGAACCGGAAGUUCUACCUACAUUAAAGGGUACUCGCCCUUGCAUGUCCAGACCUCGGUGGAGUCUGGGAACGAGUGCCCCACGCCAAGUCCUUGCAGCAAAAAGGACCUUGGAAGUCCGAGUGUGGGACUGUAUUUACUGUGCUCCCCAGAUACUCUGUCACAACACUCUAAUAUAAGUGGGAUGGAAACAUCCGUGUAAUUCGUAGUACAAUACAUAAAAAACUUUAUGUACUUUUUACUCUGUACCGUCGAAAUAAUAAAGAAACAGAGCACUUUAUUAUUUAGGGAAAAAAGAUAUAACAUAAUUAAUGUGAUAUCAAACUAGAGUACUGCAUUUAUUCAACUGUUUAUUCAAUUCUUGAUGUUGUUUUUGAUUGUUCAUUUGUUUUAAGAAUUCUACAUAAUUUAUUUUCAUGGCUCUUUAUUUUGUGCAAAAUAUUUUGUAUGCUAUCUGAAAUACAUUAUGCUGUUGUCCCGUAAGCGAUAUACUCACGACUAUGUAUAGACAUGUUUGAUUUAAAAAAACUGGUUCAUAUUGCCUAAAUUGAUGUUAAUUUUAUUUCGAAUUGUCUUCAAACGAUUGUAUUUAUUUAUAUCCAGAUAUAUUCCAACGAAUAUUUGUUAGUUGUUAGUGAAGAACAAUAUAAAACAACAGGAUACAUUCCCGAGAAGAUUCAUUCAAAUGUCUGGUACAUAUAUAUCUCUCCAUUUAGAUUGUAUUACGUUCCUGUAUGGAAUAUUGCAUUCGUUUAUAUAUUUUAUAUAUAGUAAUAUCUUGUACAUAUCUUAUGUAUCAUAUUUAUAUAGUACACAUUGAAUGAAGUUGUGGACGAAUACAAUAUAAAUUAUUACUGUAAAAAAAAGAUUGUCAUAGUUCUGUAUAUCUUUCAGCCAAACAAGAUUAACUAUUAGUUGUAAACAAAUCAGUUAAGAAUCUUUUGGCUGGUCUUAAUUUCUCAUCGGAAAACUUGAUAAUUAUUGUCUAACUAGCCAACUCUAUUAAGAGCCAUCCGAAAUGCUGAUGUAAUAUUUUUGUUACCUUAAUUUCUAUCAGUUUUUGUGAAUUUCUUACAAAUAAAAUACAGUGGGUCUUUUUCACUUAACACUUUAUUAAAAAAAUAUAUAAUAUUUUAGUCAAAAUUAUAUACCAGUAUAAUUAUUCAGACCGAAAUAGCAUAACAAGCAAAUUAUAAGACUUAAAAAAAAAAAAAAAAAAAAAAAAAACUGUAUCCAAGGGGAAGAACCACAAAAAUCACUGCCAUAUCUGUCAAUAAUACAAAGUUUAACUCCUUUUUCUAUACGAAACAAAAUGUAUUAUUAACCACUCAACGAUGAACUAAUUCAUUUUUUUUAAUCGAUUCGUGUUUUGUUAUUGACUAUAAAUAGUUCCGCAUAAUUUCCACGUGAUCUGAGAAUGGGAAGCGGGAGAAAUAAAGAUGUACAAAAUGUGUGCCAGAUAGGCUGACGGAGGGAGAAUAUAAGCUUGCUACCAAAUAAAUAAUGUAAAUUUUGUAAGAAAUGCUUUUCUGAAUGCAUAAUCUUUUUUCAAUUGAAUGAAUUCUUUAUGUGAUGACCAGUAGCUUAGUAAUUUGUUAUUUUAGUUUAAUGUGACUUUUUUUUUUUUGGCCUCUGAAAUUAAUUUAAUUUGGCUUGUUUUUUUUUUAUGCACUCAAGAACGUGCCUGGCACUUUAACCCCAGAUAAUUUUUUUUUUUAAAUAUUCACUACUCUCCAGUGUUAAUCAAUGUGAUAAUAGUUUAUAACAUUCUCAACAAUGAAGAAUAGUUCACUAUAUAAAAAAAUAAAAGAACAUAGCUUUGAGUUGUAUAUUUUUCUUAUUUUAUUCAUUUUAACUCUUUCUCUCCCAAUUGACGAUACCAUCGCUGAUUUGACCCCAUUAAAAACAAAAUUGAUUUUUGGAUUCAUUAAAAUGUAAUUUGUCUUGUUGAAAAAGAGCAUGCAUUCCCCCUAUAAUUCGGUACCAAAUAUAACAUUUUCUGAAAACAAACAAAAAGUUUUUUUAAAAUUUAAUCAUAACAGGGUAGUGAAAUACAAAUGGGUAAAAUAAAUUAUUCUAUCGGAGCGAGGAAAAUAACUACGGAGAGAAAGAGUUAAUGUUAAUUGGAAAAAAAAACUAUAUAAAAACAUCUUAUUUUUUAUUUAUAUCCGGAUAAUGAGAUUAUGUUUUCAAUAAAACUAUAGUACAUAACUGGUUGAAAAUUUUGUUUAUAUUGUAUAGCGAAGCUUAUAUCAACUGUUUGUCGGUUUGGCACAAAUCCUGUGCAUAUCAUUUCUCUGACUUUACAUUCUCAGAUGAAGUUAAAAAUUUUACAAAUAUUCAUUGUCGAAGGCAAUAUACAAAUCAAUUUUUUUUAAAAUUAACUUAUUAGUUAAUUAUUUAAUGGAAAUUAAUCAAUUUUGUUGUAUGUAGAAAAGGAAGACAAGUCUUGCAUUACUGAGCUAUGUGGCGGUAACUGUGCGGUACUUUCCCUUACAUAAGCGUUUUUAAAUAUUAUUUUUAAAUCUACAAAUAAUUGAUGAUAUCUAGGUUUAGAGAACAUAUGUAAUAAAUGCCAGGCCUAUGAUUGACCUACUUUUAGGUGUUGACUAAGUCCUACAAAAAAGAAAACUGAUAGGAACCAUAGUUUCAUUCUGAUUUCGUUGACUUUAUACUACGGACAAAAGGCAUGGAGGCUGCUGCAUGGUCGUCUGUUGUUGUCUGUUGGUCCUAUAUUUUAAUUAAACUUGAAUCGCAUCUGUGAUUAUUUACCAAGAAUUGUCUGAGAGUUGCAAAGGGAGGUAACUACGUGACAAUGUAUCCAACUGUAGGAUCCGUCUAUUCGGAAUCGGGUGGGGGGGGGGACAGGCGGAACAACUCUAGUCUUGUUGCUUUUCCGGUCAUGUCUUCGUGGGGGGGAAGAAUUGAAAAGGUGGGAAGAGGGGCAGUAGUGAUAAGCUGGCUAGUCUGUAAAACACGAGACCACAGAAAGGAGAGUCAUGUCUACAAAGAAAAGAGUCGGACGGUUUGUCGUUAACAAAAAGUGGACUAUAAACAAAUACUUUUUUCAGUAUCUCUAUUCAAGUCGCUCAUUCGGAAUGGAUGGGCAGUUCUCGAAAACGUCUCUAUCGAUUAUCCUAGAUAUUUGACAGUUAAUGUAUAUCGAUGGGAAAAAGAACGACUAGCUUGCCACACUCAGAAAACUCUGGCUUAACCGUUAUAAUGUUUUACCCUACUUCUUAUCAAGUGUCACAUUCAUGGAAACUGGGUGGACGCAGUUCUCGAAAAUGGCUCCAAAUAUUUUUCUAGAGAUUUCACAGCUAAUGUAUAUCAUUGAGAAAAGAAUUACUAGCUCGUUGGCCACAUUGGGAAAACUCUAGUUUGACCGUUAUAAUUUUUUAAAGUAUAAAAAAAAUAAUUUAAAUUUGCUAGAGAACUAGAAAAUAUUUCUUGAACAGAUUAUUCAUCUUCGGGUAUUUCCGCAUGUAGGUCCUAUUCAUUCAUAAGUUGAAUAAAUUAAUGUUCCGAAACAUAUUCGUUAUUUGAGUGUUACCUCCGUUUGAUUUACUGGCAUGAGACACAGCGCGGAUGCGCCUAGCAAGUUUAUUUCAAAAUUUUUAGUGAAGAGCCAAAGUCUUUACAUUAGGCAUAUCCUCCUUUAGUUUAGUACAUUUCUAGAUAAAACUAUUCAAUCUAUUAUGGCUUAUUGGUUAACUCAUUGGUUGAUCCUUUUAUUGAUUUAUAUUUUAUUGAAAAUAAAUAAUUAUGCGAAGUUUUAACUUGAUCCGAGAAUUGAAAGUUGUUAAAAUAGAGUGUAAAAGAUUCCACAGACAGACGGACGGAGUGAGUUAAUAUAGGCUUUGUUAAAAUAGAACCACACGGCGAUUUAAGCAACUUCUGCUAAGAUUGAAAAGAAGGCCUUACUGUUUUUUUUUUUUAAAGAAAAAACUGUAACUUAUUAUAUAAGAAGAUAAUCUUAAGAUUGAAGAUGAGUCCAGAAUUUUAGUUUAAGAAGACUCAGGUGUGCAUUGAAAAGUUUUACUCAUCCAGUCACAAUCGUUGUUUGCAGGGGGAGGGGGAGUCAUUUCUUUUUGCUAGAAACAAUUUAUAGUUUAUAGGACAUCUGUUUUUUGGCUUAACAUGUUAAAUUUAAAGUUGUUGUUUUAUGUAAUAGAACCUACGUGAUUAUUCUGUAAUGUAUUUUGUUUUAAACUUGAUGUUGUCAUAUGUCUUAAAUUCGCUGUUUAUAAUUUGUGGCAUGCUUCUUUUUUUUUUUAAUGAAUGAAGUAUAGUUUACUAUAUUGUGUUAUUGUAAAGGCAGUGGCGGAGAAUGGACAGUCUUUUGUGUUCCCUGGACUACGCCAAUGUCUUAAUUACACACGAAUGUCUAUUGGCAUGAUGUAUGAGCAUGGCGUGACGUAAGCCUGGUGUAUCUUUGCACACUGUGCCUUACCCCUUCUCACUGACAUGCCCAUUUAAUAGUGAAACACUUCUUCAAUGUGUGGAGUUUACAUAAAGUACUGAUGUUAUUUUAACCAAUCACCAUUCAGAUAAGGUGCAUAUGUUAUUUUAACCAAUCGCCAUUCACUUAAGGUACAUAAGUUAUUAUAACCAAUCACCAUUCUCAUAAGGUACCUAUGUUUUUAUAACCAAUCUUCUAUGUUUACUCAUUAUUUUAAACGAUAUUUUAUUCUGUUCAGUUUCUCAAGCUUCGUUAAUCUAAAACUUUAAAAACAAAACAAAUCCAUAUCAAUUUGUUGAUGUCAAACUUUAUUGUUUUUUUUAAGUCUGCCGUGAUUUUUUGGUGAAUAAUUUGUUAUUAAAAUGGAAUUUGAGCACGAUUGCCACGUGAAGACAAAAUUAGAAGAUAGCCACACUCCUGGCUGUCAUCCUUAGCUGUCUUGUAGAAUAUCUAUUUUUUUAAGCAGCAAAAACUGAAUCCUUCCGCUUCUGUGAAGUAGUUCUCGCGAGAAAAUGCAGAUUGAUCAGUACUUUGCCUUAAACUGACAUGCCAGGGAUUAUAUUUUAUGCGCAGACUUCAUUUCAAUGUUACAACAAGUUUUUUUUAUUUUUUAUUUUCAUUUUACAUUAGGUCUAUGACAUUUCCAGAUUACUCAAACGAUAUAAUGUUGUAAUGGAAUGUGUGAUUGUACUAUAGAUUUCAGCAUGUCUGUUGAUUAAAUUAUCAUCUUAAAUACUAGUAUGAGUCUGUUUAUGACCAAGUCUGGUGAUUAAAUUAAUAUAAUGAGAAUAA